ACAGAAAAUGUAUUCGUAAGUAUUUAACGUACGGACUUGACCUCCAAUAAGCAGUACAGCGCAGCCGACGAACGUGAUCCGGCCUUCUUUUGUUUAAUAAAUUAAUUUAAAAAAAAAAAAUCCGUCUAUAAAGACACUAGUCUAGUUUAAUUUUAGUUUUAUUGUUUCUCUGUGUGCGUAAAAUGAGGAAUAAAGUGUUGUUGCUUGUGUCGUCGCUUUUUUGGAGCUAUGUUCUUUCAGAUCAUUGCACGACGCCGCUCGGCGAAGCUAGCGAAUGCGUCUCAUUGUACGAUUGCUCUCAACUGUUGUCUGCGUUCGAGCAACGGCCCUUACAAAGCAAAGUGGUCAGCUUCCUGAGACAAUCACAAUGUGGUUUUCAGGGAUACGUACCGAGAGUUUGUUGUGGGCCUUUACCGGCGCAACAAGAGAGGCAGACUACGCCACGCUCAAGAACAACGCGGCCUCCGACGAAUGUGGUCGGCCACGUCGACCCCACAGUGCCAGAAGACUCGUCCCCAGCUCCUCGGAAUCAAUGCGGAGUGGACACACAAGGUGACAGAAUCUAUGGGGGUCAGUUCACGGACUUAGAUGAAUUUCCUUGGAUGGCUUUGCUUGGAUAUCUGACGAGUAGGAAUACCAUAACCUAUCAAUGCGGCGGUGUGCUCUUCAACGCCCGCUACGUGCUAACGGCUGCUCAUUGUUUGAUCGGUGCAAUCGAAAAGGAAGUCGGUAAAUUGACUACGGUUCGUCUUGGCGAAUACGACACUCAAUCUGACCGGGAUUGUGUUGACAAUGUGUGCGCGGAUCCGCCGCAAGACAUCCCAGUACUUGCCGUCUAUCCUCAUCAGGGAUUUAGCGACCAGAAUAAGAACAGAAAAGAUGAUAUUGGUUUAAUUCGAUUGGCGAGGAGAGUUACCUAUUCAUAUUACGUUCAACCUAUCUGCCUCGUCGAACCGAACGGUCGAUUGGACGUAGGUAAUGACGUUUUCGUUGCGGGCUGGGGGAAAACCUUAAACGGUCGCAAUAGCCCAGUCAAAUUAAAACUCAAUGUUCCAAUAUUCGCAAAGAAUGAUUGCGCCUCAAAAUAUAGACAAUUAGGAGUUGAUUUGACUGAUAGGCAGAUAUGUGCUGGUGGUGUAUUCGCCGAAGACGCCUGUAGAGGAGACUCCGGCGGACCUCUUAUGUUGAGGAGACCUGAUGGCGUUUGGGAAACAGUUGCAGUUGUCUCAUUUGGUUAUGGCUGCGGACGUGAUGGAUGGCCAGGAGUUUACACUUCGGUAGCUAAUUACAUAGAUUGGAUCGAGUCGACUUUGCAAUCGUCGAACGAGUGAUAAAUUUGUGAUAAAUACUCAGUUUUUUUAUGUCUAAGUCAGUAGAAGCUUCACAGUUUUCGAUUUACUGUCUAUUUGUUAUGAUAAUAAUGAUAUAGCUUAAUAUUAAUGACAACUAUUUACCGUAUACUACUACUGUAAAAUUAUAAAUUUGACAAAUAACAUUGUUUAUUCGAUUUAUGAAUUUUGUUGUACUGGUUUUAAUAUCUAUAAAAUGAAAUUUAUUGGAGGUUUUAUUGUUAAGCAAUUAUGUCCAACAAAACAACAUGUACAUAAUAGUUGCUGGACGUGGAAUAUUUAUCCAGAAACCGAAACCUAAAUAGAUACUUAGGUAAUUAUGUUACAUCAUGCCCAAAUCCAAAUAAUUGGAUGUAAAAAUCGCAAGCUUUGUGUGUGUCUGAGAUUGAUAAAGGAGCCCCUCUUACUGUUAGAGAAAUAGCAAGAUUAUAAUUGAUGUUUAAAAUAAUCUGGUUAAACUUGGUGACAAACUCAAAGAAUACCCUAUCGCGGAAAAAAAAAGAAAAAUGAAAUUUUUUUUGUUGUUUUCUCAAGAGUUAUAUCCAAAAUGUAUUUUGUAAAACUGAUGUUAACGGGAAUCCCAAACCACGGCACUAAUGUUUUGAUUUGCAUAUAUCGAGUAUCUUGGAUGCUUAAAGGUUCUUCAACUGUGAAACUUAUAAUCUUAAAUAAAGCAAUAAUCAUAAAUUCUCGUGAGUGAUAAUACGAGAUUGAUCUUUGGACUUGCGAUAAGAAUCUGUUUAAUUUAAUCUCUGACACUUUCUAAGACACAAUCUUGUUAUGAUUUGUAAUGUUAUUUAUUAAUUGGUAUUAAGAUAGUAAUUUUCCUUCUUAAGAUAUAAGUUUUUCCUUAGAGAUUCAAACGGAUUCAAAUUUUGAAGUUUGAAAAGGUUUGCCUGUUGAUCGUGAUUAAUUAACUAUAAAUUUGAAAUUGAAAUACUCUAAUACUUAGGCCAGUAAUGCUUGUGAAAUGAUGUAUUGAAAUAAAAAACAAAUAUGAAGGCUUAAA